AUGCGUUUCACCGACGCCGCCGCUCUCCUCUCUCUCUCUUCGCUCGCCCAGGCAGCACCGGGUCUCAGGGGCCACCAGCACGCCCACUACUCUUCCAGCAGCUAUGGUAGUAGCAGCAGCGCGGGAUACCAUGCUAGUACCUUCUUCAUCAACUGGGGCAUCUACGCUCGCAACUACAAGGUCACCGACCUCCCCGCCAAGCAACUGACCGAGGUCAACUAUGCCUUUGCCAACGUGAACAACGUCACUGGUGAAGUCGUGCUCAGUGACGAGUGGGCGGACAUCCAGAUCCCCUACCCUGGUGAUGUUGCUGGAAACGCCACUCUGCUUGGUAACUUUGGUGCCCUGUUCAAGCUCAAGCAGCAGAACCGCCACCUGAGGGUCACUCUCUCCAUUGGUGGCUGGAGCUUCAGAGAUAACUUCAAGCCUGCCUUCUCCACCGAGGCCGGCAGGCAAAAGUUCUGCGACAGCUCGCUCGAGCUCAUCAAGGAUCUUGGUAUCGAUGGUAUCGACAUUGACUACGAGUACCCCGAGGACUUGGAGGCCAGUGCUAACUUCGCUGAUGCCGUUAAGCGCUGCCGCAAUGUCUUCGACACCUACUCCGCCGCCUACGCCAACAACUACCGCUUCAUCAUCAGCAUCUCCUCGCCCGCCGGCCCCCAAAACUACGAAAUCUUUCCCAUUGCAGAAAUGGACCCCUACGUCGACUACUGGAACCUCAUGGCUUUCGACUACCAAGGGCCCGGCUUCUCCAACUUCACCGGCCACAACAGCAACCUCUGGCCCAGCAAGACGAACCCUCGCUCCACCGACGGCUGGGACGCCAAGAACAAGAAGUUCACCCCCUUCAACACCGACCGCGCCAUCCAGUACUACAAGAGCAAGAUCUCGAGCCCCACCAAGAUCCAGCUCGGCAUGCCCCUGUACGGCCAGGCCUUUGCAAACGUCAUGGACCCCAACCCCUUUGGCGACGGCACGGGCGUCAAGUUCAACGGUAGCAUGCCUGGAAGCUGGCAAGCGGGUAACUACGACUACAAGGUGCUUCCUCUUAACAACUCGGGUACCGCAUAUGCUUCGUACGAGGUCGGUGCGGCCUGGACAUAUAACCGCAAGACGCGUGAUCUCGUUAGCUUCGAUACUCCUCAGGUGGCGCAGUGGAAGACCCAGUACAUCAAGGCGCAGCAGCUUGGUGGUGCUUGGUGGUGGGAGGCGUCUGGUGACCGUCCCGUCACUGACCCCAAGUCGCUUGUUCGCACUGUUGUCCAGGCGCUUGGUGGUGAGAGUGCGCUCAAGCCCACUGAGAACUUGCUGUACUUUCCUCAGAGCAAGUAUGUCAAUGUGCGCAAUGCCAAUGCUACUCAGGCUUAG